UUUUCUUAAAGGAAAUAGAAACCCUAGACCGUCUUUGAGUUAAUGGCUUUUUCAGAACAAGGUUUUCAGGUUUAUUUAUCUAUAUAUUUAUUACAUUGCUUACUACGGCCUUCAAGAAAACCUAAGAUUUGAGCAAAUUGGAUGCGGCUACUGGAAUGAAAGUUCUUUUUUCGUUGAUUGUGCUUUGUUUUUCGAUCUGACAAUUAAUGAAAUUUGUAGGAGUUCCCCUCCCACCAGCUUAUGCUUACCGAAGUUUUUGAAUUUGGUUGGGCAAGCUUAAGUCUAAUCAUCAUCACCUGCAGUUCUAAUAGGCUGAGAAGGUUGAACAUCCAAUAACUAGGGUUUAAGCUGUUGCUUGGCUCAAGGGUUGUGUUCCACUGGAAUUGUACAGAAAAAAUGUAUCUAUCUAGGAUAAAGUUGCAAUUGUUUGACUUGUGAUGGAUGCACUAUUUAGCAUAGAGUCUCUCAGAUGCACUGAAUGAACUCGGGCAUUUGGAUCCCCAAAUUUGUUGAUGUCAGUGCAUUAGCAUUAUUGAUGCGUGCAUUUGCAAAUGCAGAGUAAAUUGCAUGGAUUUUUGUCAUAGAAUGGGUGGAAAGGAAAAAAGAUUGCUUUAUAACUGUCUUCUGACAGUCUUUGUUAGUCUACUUCAGAAAUUUGUAUUUAUAGUUUAUUUGUCAAUUUCUUGGAUCAGAAACUAUUACACCCAAAAAAUUACUGCAUAUGGUAUACAUUGAAAAAUCACACUAUUGAGUUGGCUGAUUAUCACGGACUUACUUGGAAUUAUCUAAGUCGUGAGACACCCUUGCGGUAAAGUCACGAACUUAACUGAAGUUGCCUAAGUCGUGAAGCACCCUUGCGCCAACUCCUAGGACUUAGUUGGGAUUGCCUAAGUCAUGAGGCACCCUUGCGACAUGCGUCCGCAAAGGUUCAGCCUAGUUGCAAUCUUGUACAGGUCCCAAAGGACCUGUAAAACAGAAAGUUGAUUAGAUUGAAAACGAGCGACGAACAAGUCCCGACAUCUCACGAAGAGGGAACCUUUACAUGCAAUUCAGAGAGCACCUUGAGUGCAAGGGAGAAAAGAGAGGAAGGAGAAAACAAGGAUUUUAGAAGGUAGAACGAACAAUUACAAGUCCACAAACAAUUGCUCACCAAGUGCCGGGUGCGAAGGCAAGUUCCCGCCAAGUUAACAUGUGAACUUGUGAAGAUAGUUCAACGCCCGAUAAUAUGCCGAAGCCCCAUCCAGCCCUGUGCCACCAGGGGGGUUCCAAGGUGUUGAGAUGGUUGACAUUUCACGUAUAGCUGCGGUGUACAGAAAACAAGCAAUAGCACGCGAAAACAGAGUAAUUUUGGGGCAGUUCGGCCCGGCGCAGCGAGCGAUUGCACUGUAGCGCUGCGAACUAUCGUUGUUUACAUUUUUCAAACAAUAAAAAACAAAACCAAAACAAAACAUGCUGUCAUGUCUCUGUACAAGCAUGCAAAAGCGACGAACGGUUCGUUGAACGAAGUUGUUGCGGGUGCGUGUCGACCGUUUGUGACAUGACGGUGAAAUAUGAAGUCCAUACUAAUAUUCUAUAGCAGCAAACAUUUAGGAUAUUAUACAUUGAAAAAUCACACUAUAGAGGUGGCUGACGGUGAAAUAUGAAGUUCAUACUGGUAUUCUAUAGCAGCAAACAUUUGGGAUAUUAACUGAGGCUAAUUCACAUGGCAGUCACUCUGUUUUAAUUCGAGGCUUCUUCAGAGAGGUUCCUGCAUUUUUCUAUGUGAUGUGACAGCAGUGGAGAAUAACAUCAAAAUCUUGUGAUUGAGUUAGGAGGAAGGAUUUUAAGUAGAAUAAGUAGAAAGAACAAGGCCCUUGAUAGGCAUGAGUCAUUGAGGCUGAUUCCUACCAUAUUAAACUAGAUAAGAGAUAUUUCACCAUUGUUGCUAGAUAAGAAGAGAUAUUUCUUAGAUGUUUCCUCUCUUCAUAUUUUGUUCUCUACUCUUGAAUCAAAAUCCAGGAUCUGGUCUCUUACUGGCUCCCUGAAGAAAACUUCACAGAGUUCCUGAUAAUUAGUGUUGUUAUAAGUGAUCAAUUAUAAUUAGGUGUGAAAAUGAUCCUGAUAAUAUUCUCCUGAACCUGGGUUGUGCCUGACUCAGAUUUUUUUUCUGGAUUCAUAUGGUAUGGAUGUAUGUGUAAAGGAAUUGGACAUCCAAAUGACAUUCAGGUUUCAGACUUGGAUUGGAUUCGGACAGCCAACUAGGUACCCUUUGGUGUAAUUCCAUCUAUUACUCAAGCUCCGGUUAAUUUUAUCAUCCAAAGCCGAAUUUGGGUGUUGAUCCAAAUCAAAGCAAUUCUUUAAGUAAUGACCAGCUAUUAGAAUCAAGUAUCAACCCAAUGAAUCUGAAGAAUGGAGGGAACAACUCCACAAAUCCUAAUUUGCUCUCAAGGCAGCGUUUACGCUGGACAAAUGAGCUCCAUGAACGUUUUGUCGGUGCUGUGACACAGCUUGGUGGAUCUGACAGAGCAACUCCAAAAGGAGUUCUUCGAAUAAUGGGUGUGCCUGGAUUAACUAUAUAUCAUAUUAAGAGUCAUUUACAGAAAUAUCGGCUUGCAAAGUAUAUACCUGACUCUUCAGCUGAUGGCACAAAGCUAGAAAUGAAAGAUGUCGGGGACCUGAUUUCAGGACUUGAAAGCACUUCUGGGAUUCAAAUAACUGAAGCACUCAAAUUGCAGAUGGAGGUGAAAAAACGACUUCACGAACAACUAGAGAUACAGCAGCAGCUACAAGUGAGAAUCGAGGCCCAAGGCAGGUAUCUCAAGAAGAUGAUCGAGGAGCAGCAGCUGCUCAGCGGCGUGCUGGCCGAAACAUCUGGCUCUGGAGUUGCUGCUGCUACUGUCCCAAGUGACCUCUGCCCCGACCCCUCGACGCCUGUUCCGACCUCUGAGUCACCGGAAGAGGACUUGGCAGCUAGCAGUGGCACUGGCGGUGGGUCACUCAAAGGCCUUCUGCAAGAUGGUUCUUUGUCUGCCACCCGUGAGCCACCGACACCUGACUCUGGUGGGUGGGGGAAGUCUGGUACCGGCUCAGACUUCCAGUUCUAGGUUGCUGAGGGGCAUUUGCAUUCAUCGAGCAACUCCAUUUGCAAUGAGGAUAUGUGAAUGGUUUCCAAUGUGAUGUUUCUUGGAGGCUGGAUCGUUGUCCACCAUGUGUUUUUCUGCAUGUUGUAGAAGAGGUGAAUCUAUGGCUGUCCUGCUGUCAUUGAAAUCAGUCGCAGGGAGAGGUUUCAUGGAGAUGAUGGUCGUGUUUCAUUUGUGUUGGAAUUGUAGUGACAUGGUUCGGACACAGUCUGAUCACUGUGUUUGACAAAGGAAAACAUGAAAAAUGAUCUCAUGAUUGAUUCA